GAAAAGUAUUGUGCUGAAACCAUUUAGUGAUGCUUGUCUGGUAAUUUUUGUUUAAUAACAAAUUUUCUAAAAAAAAUUCGAUUUUUAGAAAUUGAACCACAUGAAAAGAACAAUGGCUGACGAUAGUGAUACAGAUGAAAAUAUUUCAGAAGUUGAGAUUGAUGACGGCGAUGACUCUGAUUAUGAACUUCCUGAUAAAAUGACUCUAAAAGCCAAAAAACUCAAGCGAUCCCAUGGGAAGUGGAAACUAUAUUACGAAACCCGAGUUUUCAAAAAGGAAUGGCUUGAAAUAUUUCCAUGGUGUGAGGAAGAUCCUGAUGAUGGAAGAUUUGCAAUCUGCAGAGCAUGCAAUAAAAGAAUUAAAGCCCAUAAAGGAAUUCUCGAAACCCAUCAAAAAACUAAAAAACAUCUAAAAAAUUUAUCUGGUUCUGAUGAUAUUGAUGAUGACGAUGAGCCACGGAAAAGUGACAAAAAUGAGCUAAAAAAUAAUACAUCAUUUUCCAUACCUAUGAAUGGUCAAUCAUCUCAACCAGCUAUGGAACAUAUUCUGACUGAGGAUACGUUCAGUUUCUUCUCUGAAUCUCCAAUCGAUGCUCAGCAUCAGGCUAUGACAAAUCUCAUCGACAAACUAGUGGAGAGAUACCACGAUAAACGGCUUGAAAACCUCAAGGUACAAAAUGAUUCUAUGCUUCAACUGAAUGCUGAGAAAGCUAACUUAAAACGAGCCCAAAAGCAAAGAGAAAUUGAACUGCGAAUGGAGAGAGAAGCGCAUAAAAGAGAGGUCGAGGAAGUGAAGCUGAAACUAAUGCAGCAGCAACACGAAAGUCGAAUAAAUGCUAUGGAAAUUGAAAGGGAUGCAAAGCUAAGAGCUGUUGAACAGGAACUUAUGUUUGCAAGGCAGGAAUAUGAAAAGAAAAUGAAGCUUUUAGAUGUACAGUUGUCAUGUAUGAAAUAAUACAUAUUUAUUUUUAAGGUUCAGAUAUUUUUGUAAAAUAUGACGGCUAUUGUAAAAUUUGCUUGUGAUUUUAAAUACAUUAUCUGUGUUGAUAAACUCGACAUGUAGAUUAUCGGUGCUUGAUUUUGGUUUAUUUAAAAAAAAAAAAGAUUAGAGAAAAUUUUUUUUUAAUGAUUAUAAAAAUAAAUGAUCUUGUUUUGUAACUUUGCCUCUAUGCUUUUGAAAUUACAAAGCAAUGAAUAUAUAUACAUAAAAUUAGUAUGAAACAGUGUACUCUAUGACUUAAUGAAAGCAUAAAUAUGACAGAGGUGGCUAAAUACAAUACCAUUUUUGCAUUUACUGAAGCUAACUGUUUGCACAAUAAUGCAAAUUAUUAUAUUUAGACGUUUAUUGAACAAUUUUGUUUAUGUGCAGGUCUAAAAAAAUGUUUUUUGGAUUAUUUUUAUUUUUUGUGUUGCUUUUCUCAAAUGCACAGUGCUUAAUAUUUUUAAUAAGUUUACUUUACUUUAAACAUCUAACUUUAUAACUAUGAAAAAUGUUACUUGUAACUUUGAAAUGAUCAAAGCAAUUAUUAUUCAUUACGCUGCGAAGUUAAUACCUUUUUCUUACCUUUUCUGUAUCUGUAGAUACUUUGCAACAAAAACUGAUAGAAUGUGUUUAAAAAAUAAGAAAUUUUAAUUAAAGUAAAUGUAUACAAAAAUAUUACUUUACCUUUGUUUCCAUUAGAAUUUGUUAUAAAUCAUAAAAUAUGCAGCUGCAUUUGAAUUGUUACAAAACUUUGUCUCACUUAUUAUGCCUGCACUUCAUUAGUAUUAAUUUAUAAUUUUGUUCAUUUUAACUGUCAUCAUCAUUCAAUUGUGAGCUAUCACCUGUACUGUUACAAAAAAAAAAUGCAUUUACCUCUUACAUUAAAAAAUAAAUUCAUCUGUGUAUCUAUUUUAAUAAAGUGCUGCAUAACAAUAUCUUUGCUGUAUGUUUUUCUUUAAAAUUUAUUUAAGGUAUCAAUAUUGCUAAUAUAUACUUAUUGAUAUUCAAUAUUAGUGUCGCUAUUGUAAAAAAAAAAUAUUUUAAUUAUUUACAGACUAUUGUUGCUUAACAUUUACAAAUCCAUUGCAUAAAACAUGUUAAAACUCAGAAAAGUAUUAAAUUGUGAUCUAGCAUCAUAAGGAAUCAAUUCCUUCUUAAAAAUUAGUGAAUAAAAUUCUCGAAUUUGAAAAGGAUGCAGAUGGGCAUCACAAUGUUUUUAUCACAAAAUAAAUUAAAA